AUGAGCUUAAAGGAGAAAGAUUGCAUCACCUUACAGGACCCUGAAGCCAAGUACCCACUGCCCUUGAUUGAGAAGGAGCAAAUCAACCACAACACCCGAAGGUUCCGCUUUGGACUGCCCUCACAGGACCAUGUCUUAGGGCUCCCUGUUGGUAACUAUGUCCAUUUCUUGGCCCAAAUUAAGGAUGAAUUAGUGAUCAGGGCUUAUACUCCUGUCUCUAGUGACGAUGAUAAAGGCUUUGUGGACUUCAUUAUAAAGAUAUACUUCAAAGAUGUGCACCCAACGUAUCCUGAAGGGGGAAAGAUGACUCAGUACUUAGAGAACAUGAAAAUUGGAGACACCAUUCUUUUUCGGGGGCCAACAGGGCGCCUGUUCUAUCAUAAUCCAGGUUCCCUUAUAGUCAAAACAGACAAAACGAGUGAGCCCGAAAAAAAGCUGGUUCAUCACCUGGGGAUGGUUGCUGGGGGCACAGGCAUUACACCCAUGCUGCAGCUCAUUCGCCAUAUCACCAAGAACAGCAAUGAUGGGACCAGGAUGUCCCUCCUCUUUGCCAACCAGACAGAAGAGGACAUCUUGCUGAGAAAGGAACUGGAAGAAGUCACCACAACUCACCGCCACCAGUUCAACCUGUGGUAUACCCUGGACUGGCCUCCUGAUGGCUGGAAGUACAGCUCAGGAUUUGUUACUGCUGACAUGAUCAAGGAGCACCUCCCUGCCCCUGGGGAGGACACACUCAUCCUGUUGUGUGGUCCACCACCUAUGAUCCAGGAGGCAGUUCGCCCCAGCCUGGAGCAGCUUGGCUAUACCAAAGACAUGAUUUUUACCUAUUAA